CCGUAGCUCACCACAGGCGAGAGGCAGCUCACCUGUCCGGCCCAUUUCUUCCCGUCACAUCGACCUCCCAUGUCAUUGCCAAGUCUAUUUGAGGGGAGUUUGAGGUUGCAUUUCAUCAACUAGGCACAGAGAUACCUCGACUGUGUCCGGUAGGGCUGUCUAUCUACCAAUUCCUUCGUUUUUCCGUUCAGAGAUCGACCAUCUGGUGGCACUACAUACAGUACUCAUCAGGUCUACAAAAUCGAUCCCCUCUUCGCAUCUCAUAUCGGUCGUCUACAAUCGAGCUCACUGUAACUGCUCGUAUCACUACCAAGGAGAUGAUUCAUGCUCGACUCAAGCUAUGUACUGCUACUCCCUAGAUUGGAAUAGUCCGCAAACAUCCCGAUCUUUCAGCGAUUCCGAGGAAGAGCUUCCUCAUCCACCUCUCGUAUAUAUCACUUACAGUUGGGAAUAUUCCUCCCGAGGUUCGUACCGUACGUAGUAGCCUACGGCACUACACGUGUCCUUGGGAGUUAGUGGCAUCGAUCGGAUAGCUGCAACUAGCCCUAGCUGACUCCUAUGGUCUAUUCAAUCCGACUUCUCACAACGAGCCCACGCCUGCUACACCUACCUAUUCUUACUCUGUGCUGGCAAUGUCACCUGGCUUCUUCCCUUCCUGAGUCUUAUUCAUCCAGGGAGGCUGAACAGGAACAACACACCUCUUGACAGACAUAUCAUUGUUUGACAUCAUAACCACCCUGCAUGAAUUGCCCCCUACCUUCAAUACAAUUAUUGUGUUACAUCUCUCAGUCCUCCGGCUUCGUCAUAGUGUAUGCCACUCUUGAUAUCCUCUCGAUCCCGCUGCCACGACCGACAUCGAGCAUAUCGCUCAUUCACCAACAGAUCUCGUCCUGGAAAUGUCCCCUUUCGUCGUAACCUACCCGCCUCUGGAGCAGAUCACCCAAUUAAAGGAUACCAGUGUGACUUUUCACGCUGUGUUAGAGGUCCCCAAAACCCUUGCUCCUGGCUCGUGGCAGCUCGCGCUCUGGCAUUCCACUGGUAGCUACAAUGGUCGCAAGGCAAGCUGGGUCGAAACUCCCUUCGCCCCAAGUGGGCAGAGUGACUUCCCGUCGACCCUGCACGACCCUGCGGAUCAGCUAAUGCGCCUGCACUUUACUGUCAAUUUAACCGUGCAGUCAAUGUUGAACUUCACCAUCAAGUUCCGCCAGGGGCCUGACCAUGAUUGGAGAUGGGUCCGCAACGAACAGGGUCUAGGUGAUGGCUACAUUGUGGUGGAUGUUGGAGCGCCAGAAGGCAGCGAUGAUGAGGACUUGCCAGAUCUGAUCCACGGCUUGAACCCAUCUCUUAAAUGGAGUUCUCAUCUAAGCCAAUGUCCCGGGACUCGACUCUGGACCAUUGAGGUUCCCGUGGACGGGGCUAAAGACGACGAUAACUCGACUUUCAGCCAUGUUCCGCUCGGCAUUCCUUGGGGAGGGUUUCUGAGGUGGUUCGCUUUGGUCAGAGACUGGUCUCCUUGGCUCGCUCCAAGACAGGGAAGAUCGACUGUUGAACUAGAUAAAGACGCACUACUUUGUUCGUUUCUCUCCAGCAAGGGCAAACACUUGGUCCUUUUGGGUUUCGCCGGUAUCAACAAUGCCGUCGAUGGCAUGACGCUGUUUCGCAACGACGAGUUUGGACGGGUGACCAUCCAUAUUCGAAACGAUAGCGCGAAAGCCGGUAGCGGUACUGUUUUAGUAGCGGUUGGCGACAACUUUGAGAGUGCCAAUGCUGCUGUUAUGUACCACGCUCGCGGCCUCGUCAGCACGGCUGACAGAGCUGGAGAGUCUUCUACGAAGCUGGAGAAGCUUAGUGACAAUGUCGAGGCUAACUGGUACGAGAACUGGUAUGAUGGAUUGGGCUAUUGUACGUGGAAUGCCCUUGGCCAAAGGUUGACGGCGGAAAAGGUUAUAAGGGCAGUAGAUGCUCUGGCCGAUAACAACAUCAACAUCAGCAACCUGAUCAUCGAUGACAAUUGGCAAGAUAUUGAUUACCAUGGAGAUCAAUGGCAGCAAGGUUGGAAUGAUUUCGAGGCUGAACCUAAAGCCUUUCCAAAUGGUCUCACAGGACUGGUCUCCGAAAUACGAUCCAAGCACAAGAAUAUCGAGCACGUUGCUGUGUGGCAUGCCCUUCUAGGGUAUUGGGCAGGCAUAGCACCCGAUGGUAAUCUUGCCAAACGCUACAGGACAAUCGAGGUUGUGCGAGGCGAAGAUAGCUCACGUAAGAACAUUCCCCUUGGCGGUAAGAUGACAGUCAUCGCGAAGGAGGAUAUCCACAAGUUCUACGAUGAUUUCUAUCGUUUUCUCUCCGAGAGUGGUGUGGCAGGAGUCAAGACCGAUGCGCAGUUCAUGGUCGACACUUGGGUAUCGCCAAAGGUCCGACGCGAACUCAUCCAACCGUACCUAGACAACUGGCUGCUCGCAUCUCUUCGGUACUUUAGCGGGAGAGCCAUAUCUUGCAUGUCCAUGUCUCCUCAGAUCAUCUUUCAUACACAACUUCCCCGCGGACGGCCCACGAUGCUUUGCAGGAACUCGGAUGACUUCUUCCCCGACGUCCCAUCUUCUCACCCCUGGCAUGUCUGGGCAAAUGCUCACAACAGCUUACUUACCCAACAUCUGAACAUCCUCCCAGACUGGGACAUGUUCCAAACUACUGGCGCAUAUGCCGGCUUUCACGCCGCCGCACGUUGUGUGAGCGGCGGUCCCAUUUACAUUACAGAUGUUCCCGGCCAGUACGACCUCGAUUUGAUCAAGCAGAUGACCGGUGUGACGCCAAGAGGCAGGACAGUCAUUUUCCGUCCCAGCGUGCUUGGUCGUAGCCUUGACCAAUAUGUCAACUACGAUGAUCUGUCUCUGCUCAAAAUAAGCGCUUACAACGGCAGGGCGGUCACGGGCACUCCGAUCAUGGGCAUCUUCAACGUAUCCGGCCGUCCGCUCACAGAACUAAUCCCUCUUGCCCGAUUUUCGGGCGUCCUGCCAUCGAUGUGGUACGUGGUACGCUCUCAUCAGAGUGGAAAGGUGACCGUGCCAGUUCAGACGACCUCCUCUGCCUCUCUGUUGACGGCAUCUCUCGACAAUGGCGGCUACGACAUUCUUUCCGUCUUUCCCUUGUCACUCCACGAAACCGAGAGCAGAGGUCGUGUAUACGUGGCUAGCCUGGGGCUGGUGGGAAAGAUGACCGGAUGCGCUGCUAUGUUGAACCACAGCUCCGAUCUGCUCGAGAACGGGCGGUUGUUCAUAAGCACCAGGCUGAAGGCCUUGGGUGUACUAGGCAUCUACAUAUCCCACCUUCCGGAGUUAUCCAUCCAAGACGAAUUUAUGGUCACAAUUCAGGGCCAGCCCAUCCCGCCUCAUACGGUCACUGUCAACAGGAUGGAUAGCCAUGUCCUCGACAUUGACAUAGAAUCUGCAUGGAAAGAGAUGGGCCUCGAGGCUGGCUGGUCAAAUGAAGUGGAGGUCAAAGUCUACUUGACCUUGGAGAAGUGAAUGCUCCGAGCGGUCGGCGACCAGACGACAGAUCAGGCUCAGGGUGUGGUGAAGCACGUCAUUGUGCGCUGUACACACAACUUCCGAAAAAUGAAAUAUUCGACUUUUGGGACCUUGAGGAACAGACCUAUCCGCCCUAAUGUAUUCUUGUUAUAGCCGAUGCCUCACUUUCGCGCCGAAAUCCUUGCUUGGACUCGGUGAUGCUGACCAUAGAAGAGGCUGUGCUUCUGGUUCCUGGCGCAUUCUGUUUUCUAUGCCUCAUGAUCUUCCGCCACCCACUCACGGUACCAUCAAAAGAAUGUGUCUCAUGGUAGUAGGCAAAAUGUGAUUAUUUAUGACCUG